AUGCCCGUUGACAUCAAUCUUCUCAUCAACGACUUAUUAACCUUACACCCCACAAAUGUUACGCUGUUACUAACUCCUUAUAACGCAUUAGAUGCUGUCGAAACCAAGAUGGAGACCACUUAUCAAUCCCUUGUAAGAUCAUCCAGAGCAGGACAUCACAUCGGUGGGUUGACCUACACGUACUAUCUGGGUGAACUAAUCGAACAAUUAACACCAGCCCAAAGAACCCUGCAAAGGGCAAAAAUGACAAAACAUUAUUACGCAGCAACCAUUCGUGUAUAUAAUAUUUUUGAACUCUUCGGUGUAGAGCAAAUUUGCCGUACCUCCUACAUGAAUUUGUCUAAGAUCGCCACAUUAUUGCACCACAACUAUCAACAAUUGAUUCAAAUCGCACUGACUUUAAAGGCCAUGACAUCUGCGGAGGAGGAAUCUAUUAAUGAACCUAUGGAUGAGAAUUUUGCAGCUUUGACACCAUAA